UCUACAUGCAGGCGAAUCAGCCUCAUGAAACUGAAACCAAAGUGCUACAGGCAGCAUACACACACAUCGAACCAUUCAGAGCCGCACAUUUCUGAGUUGGUUUCCGUCAACGUGCGCCCACUACGGAGUUGCAGUGGUCAGUUUCAUGGUUCUGUCUGAAAUUCGUGCACCUCUGGUUCAGAAGUGUCUUCUUCCAUUGCAUUGCUUGAGCAGCGUCUUUAUCCUCCUAAAAUCACCAGAUGCAUUUUGUUGAUCAAGGAUGGAUGUGGCCUCACACAACCGGGGUGCAGGGAAAGAUGCAGGAGAUGCUUUUUCUAAGUUGGCUGAACUGAUGGCUCAGUCAGAGCAAAAGCAAGAUGGUCGCAACCAAAAGUCUCACCAGUCAGGUGUAUCCACUUGUGAAGAGUGCCACCAGGAUUUCCCAGAUUUGGCAGGACUUGUUCGUCACCAACAGAAACUCCAUGUCUUGCGGAAGCCUCACCGCUGCAAGGCGUGUGGCCAAGAGUUUGCGCUCCUUUCUACUCUCCAGUUGCACAAGUGCCUCAGCUCAGGCCCAGUCUGCCAGCUGUGCCAUGGAAAAGCCCAGCGCGGUGCCCCUUGUUCCGCAUGCUCCUCUGAGCUGGCAGACCCCAAGGGCCCACAGGAGCAGUCCCACCUCUACCGCCAUCACCAUGACAACAGCCCCUAUGCAUGUGCUCCCUGCGGUCGUGCUUUCAGCCACAAACAGGAGUUGCUGUACCACCAGCAGGCAGGUGGAUGUCAGCCAGCUCCACUUAGUCCCAAAGCUCUCAAAUCUUCUACUGUGCCAUCUUAUACCCCUGUUCCCACACCAACGCCCUCAUAUGCUUCUCUUCCCCCAUCACCCCCCGGGCCAGGAGCAUGCCUGCUUUGUAGAAGGGUUUUCCGCUCACCUGCAGGACUGGCUAAUCAUCAACGGGUCUGGCAUCCAAGCCAGUGGGCAAAGAAUUCAACUAAACUUCCACAGAAAUCUGCAGGGAAAAUGAAUGGCAAAACGUUGGAGAAAACGGCGGAAUCAGAAUGUAAAAGUGCACCAGACUCUGCAAAGAAAAGCAAUGCGAGCCAGAAGAAGGGCCAGCAGUUCCCCUGCCGCUCCUGUGACCGGGUGUUCUCCCAGACCUCCAUGCUGCACCAGCACAGGAAAGAGGUGCACCGACGAGAGAAGAGACCAUGGCGCGAGCACAGGCCAUCAGCUAAGAGCACCAGGCAGAGGAAGAAAGGCGAAACAUACCCAUGCCUCGUCUGUGGCAAAGUGUUCCUCCAUCACCUGACGCGCUGGGCUCAUCUCCGCACGCACAGCGCCCAGCAGCAGAACCAGAUGCGAAAGGUUGCGCAAGGAGUGAAGCCAUCAAAGAUCACCAAGGAAACAAAGGCAGCUGAAAAGAACCCCACCCGGAAAGCCAAAAAGACUAAGUGCAGCUCCACAGCGAAAGCAGACACAAAAAAACAAAGGCGAAAGCGAGAGAGCCAUGAGGAGGAGGGCGAGUUCCCAUGCCCAUCUUGUCUUGAGGUUUUCAGCUCCCCAGCUGACCUCUGCAAGCACCAAGAGGUUCAUCAGCCGGCAGAAAUAACCAAGAAUUGCAGUGUUUGCAAGGAAGAAAUGACCCCUGUUGAAGGAAGAGCCAAUCUGCCUGAACUAUUAUACCAUUGUGUGCCAUGCAGGCAGGCUUUCUCCACACUGAGCAGCUUCUUGCAGCAUUGCCAGAUGCAUCUCCCCAGUGACAAUGACGAGGAAGGAUGUGAUGGUGAUGACUAAGUUCUUUAAUGCUUUUGUGAAGCCACCCUCUGUGCCGUUCCUGGGCUAGGUCAUGGUGAUGGAACUGAAUACACGAAUAGAGGUGAAGUGAGUUAUUGAUGACUAGAUUGAUAUGAUGACUCUUAGCUAUCACCCGCUAUCACCAGCAAUAAGGGUUGGCAGACUUUUUCAGGUUUGUGGAAAACUAUUUGUGUUGUGUAACUGAUUAUUUUUCCUCCUCCCUCAGUUUACAUUUUCUAUUAGGGUCUAUUUUUGUUUUUUAAAAGACUUACACCUGAGCCUUACAUUGAACCAAACUGUGCUUAAAUGUAUUUUAUUGAUGAUAUAUUGGGGUGAUGUAAAAUAUACUGCAUCAAGUAUAAUCGACACUGUGAUUGUUUUUCAUUCAGAAUUGUACAAAAAGAUGGUACAGGUACAAAAUGGCAGGACAUUAAAAUGAAAUAUCAGACAUUUUUUGUAUUUUGGAUAUGUUUGCUUUGGAAUUAUUUGCUUCAUGUGUGCAUUAUGCAAGGUUCUACUUAACAUAAUAAGGCAUCAAGCUGUGCUGUGUGAAGAUUUCAUGCAAGGAUAACAUAAAAACCUUUGUGGUGGUAUUGAAUGUCUAACAUGGUAAGUCUCAAAAAUAAUGCUUAUAAGAUGAAAGUUCUGUUCAUCCUUUAGUUUAUAUGUGUUUACUUUUUCUAUCAUUUCUUGAAUCAGUUUGUGCCAAACUAUUAUACUUGACAAAAUUUGAUUUUCAUGCAGAGGUCCAGCACUGACAUUGAUUCUUGUAAGAAUUCUGCUUGGAUAGUAGAAAAAUAACUUAUUCUUUAAAGUAACCUUAUUGAAUAAUUUGGCUUCGAAACUGCACAAUCAUUGCUGCUGUGUGUCCCCCACAUUACCCUAAACCAAAAGUGAUUUGUUAUAUUCAGGGAUAUUCAGUCUCAGCAUUGAAAGCACUUGUAUGUUCAUCACUGUCUGUAAAAUGAAUGUUUUGUUUGUGAGUGUACCCCUUCAGCAGAAUGAUUUCAGUAUUCAUCAGCUUAAAUAAAUCAUAUAUGAUCUGGUGACACCAUUACUAAUCAAGUGUCUGGAAAGAUGUUGUCUUGCCUCUGUCCAACUGGGUCGGCAGUCAUUGAAUGUGCU